UUCACUUUAGCCCAGGAGGGAGAGUUAGUUACAGGCUUAAGGCUGCAGUUCUCUGCAAACUUAUUAGAAAUAAUGCCUGCUGAACUCCAUUGAUCUUCCUUCUGAGUAUACAGAAAAUCUGAAAGAUGACUGUUACAACAUGGAGAAAAAAUUGUGUGAUACGAAAACUGAUCUUACGCAAAAGCUGAUCCCUCCCGUCUUGUAUCUGAUUUUGGCUGUGCUGCUUGUGAACUUGCUGCUCUAUCAAUAUUUCAGCUACAUAUAUCCUUCCUAUGGACAGGCUGACGUUGAACACGACUCUUGUCAGCCCGGUUACUUCAGAUUAGGAACAGUGAAGAACUGCUCACCAUGGUUGUCUUGUGAAGUGCUGAAAAGAGAAGUCCGCAAACUGAAACGCAUUGGUGAAGGAGCUGUGAAAAGGGUCUUCCUUUCUGAGUGGAAGGAAAACAAAGUUGCCCUUUCCCGGUUAACUGUGCCGGAACUUCAAGAGGACUUCAUUCAUGGCUUACAGAUGCUGAAAUCUCUACAAAGCAGACAUGUGGUCAAGCUGAUUGGAUAUUGUGAGGAGGAGUUCACCGUUCUUACCGAGUACCACCCAUUCGGCUCUCUGAAGAAUCUGAACGAGAUCUUGAACCUUCCAAAGUACAAGAGCUUCAACACAUGGCACAUCAGGUUGCUGCUUGCCAUCGAUUACGUGAGCAUCCUCCAUUACUUGCACAACAGUCCCCUCGGCACCCUUGUGAUGUGUGACUCCAGCGACUUGGAUAAAGUUCUUUCUCAGUACUUGCUGACCAGCAGCUUCCAUGUUAUUGUGAAUGAUUUGGAUGCUUUGCCUCUUGUAGACAAGAAUGCUGGCAGACUGAUCAAAUGUGGCCAUCGGGAACUUCAGGGUGACUUUGUCGCUCCAGAACAGCUUUGGCCUCGUGGAAAUGAAAUGGCCUUUGAAGACAGCCUCAUGCCUCCUUAUGAUGAAAUGACAGAUAUAUGGAAAAUCCCCGAUGUUUCCAAUUUUAUCUUGGGGGAUGUCGAUGGGAGUGAUCUUGUCAGGUUCCACCUCUUUGACAUCCACGGGGCCUGCAAAAGGAGCCCAGCUGAAAGACCUUCUGCUCAGACUGUUUUGGACACAUACAAGAAAGUGCUAGAGUCGCUUGUGAGAGAAACAGUUAUGCCAGGGACAAGGGACAUGUUAUAAAACACACACACCAAAAAAACCAACCUCAUGGACAUGCCUUGGUACAUAUUUAGCACAUUUGACUCUUCCUGAUCUGAGAAGUACAUGGAAACAUAAGGAUAAUUAGAAAAACUCUAAAAUGGCUUCUUAAAAAUGACUCCCGAUUGCACCUUCUGUGACAAAUUGUUGAGAAAACUGGGGAGAGGGGAAUAGUAUGUGUUGUGUGUGGUAAAUUUCUGGAUGAGUAUUUCUUCCUAAAUCAAGUUGGCAUAGGCAGGAUAGAUGUAGCUACAGUGGUACCUCGGGUUACAGACGCUUCAGGUUACAGACUCCGCUAACCCAGAAAUACUACCUCGGGUUAAGAACUUUGCUUCAGGAUGAGAACAGAAAUCGUGCUCCGGUGGCGGCAGGAGGCCCCAUUAGCUAAAGUGGUGCUUCAGGUUUAGAACAGUUUCAGGUUAAGAACGGACCUCCGGAACGAAUUAAGUACUUAACCCGAGGUACCACUGCAUAUGAUAGGAGAUGUAAUAGAAGUGUUAGUAUUUCAUGCCUUUGAUGCUCCAGAUGAGAUUGGUGUAAAUCACAUGCCUGUCUGGGAAGAGUGUGGGAACAGAAGACAGUCAUAUCUCUUCCGCUGUAUGUCCUGUUGUACUGUACUUUUGCUUUUACUUUUUCCUGUUCUUCUCUCAGAGCUGGAGAGAGAGGUCGCCAGGACUCCUUUGUCUGUACAUAGUGUGUAAAUAAAUACAUAGAUUAGCUCUA